AUGGGAAAGCCGAAAUAUAGACAAUUUUCACAAUCUCAAGACGACAUUUACGUUAUUGGAGAACAUAAGCACGUCAGAUACAGGCGGAUCUUGAACAAUCGUCGAUGUCGUUUCACCCUCGUUAUUGUCCUUGCGCUGGUUUUGCUGUGUACGACCCCUAUUUUGAUUUGCAAGUUCAUCGGAUGCGGAUCCAUCGAUCGCCGUGCGGAUGGGAUUGACGAUGUUGAGAUCAAGCUGAGCGAAACGUUGUAUCUUCCUAAAGUCAGUCCAGGAGGUGAGAAACAAAGUAUUCCAUCAACUGAUGGUGGCGAUAUGACAGCGACAAACGUGAAGGAAACUGGCGAGAAGACUGUAGCCCGAAAAGAAGGCAAGCAUGAAGUUCACUCUGGCAGUGGUGAUAGGAGCAGCGAUCACGAGGAUGUUGAGAAAGAAGAUAUCGGCUCUGGUGUGUCAUCUGGUGAUAAAACUGGGGUUUACGAGACAAUGGAAAAGCACGCCGACUCUGGUAGCAGUGGUGAUAAAGGUGGAGCAUACGAAGACAUGGAAAAGGAAAUUAACUCUGGUAAUAGCGCUGUCGAGGACAUGAAAAAAGAGGUGGGCUCUGGUGGUGUUGAUAAAAGUGGGGCUUACGAGGACAUGGAAAAGGAGAUGGGCUCUGGUGGUGUUGAUAAAAGUGGUGCAUACGAGGACAUGGAAAAGGAAAUGAGCUCUGGUAGUGUACCUACAACUGGGGCUUACGAGGACAUGGAAAAGGAGAUGGGCUCUGGCACUGAUGAUAAAAGUGGGGCCUACGAGGACACUGAAAAGGAGAUGGGCUCUGGCACUGAUGAUAAAAGUGGGGCUUACGAGGACAUGGAAAAGGAAAUGAGCUCUGGUAGCGUACCUGCAACUGGGGCUUACGAGGACAUGGAAAAGGAGAUGGGCUCUGGCACUGAUGAUAAAAGUGGGGCCUACGAGGACACUGAAAAGGAGAUGGGCUCUGGCACUGAUGAUAAAAGUGGGGCUUACGAGGACAUGGAAAAGGAGAUGAGCUCUGGUAGUGUACCUACCACUGGAGCUUACGAGGACACAGAAAAGGAGAUGGGCUCUGGCACUGAUGAUAAAAGCGGGGCUUACGAGGACAUGGAAAAGGAAAUGAGCUCUGGUAGUGUACCUGCAACUGGAGCGUACGAGGACAUGGAAAAAGAAAUGGGCUCUGGCACUGAUGAUAACAGUGGGGCCUACGAGGACACUGAAAAGGAGAUGGGCUCUGGCACUGAUGAUAAAAGUGGGGCUUACGAGGACAUGGAAAAGGAAAUGAGCUCUGGUAGUAUACCUACAAAUGGGGCUUACGAGGACAUGGAAAAGGAGAUGGGCUCUGGCACUGAUGAUAAAAGUGGGGCCUACGAGGACACUGAAAAGGAGAUGGGCUCUGGCACUGAUGAUAAAAGUGGUGCAUACGAGGACAUGGAAAAGGAGAUGAGCUCUGGUAGUGUACCUGCAACUGGGGCUUACGAGGACAUGGAAAAGGAGAUGGGCUCUGGCACUGAUGAUAAAAGUGGGGCCUACGAGGACACUGAAAAGGAGAUGGGCUCUGGCACUGAUGAUAAAAGUGGUGCAUACGAGGACAUGGAAAAGGAAAUGAGCUCUGGUAGUGUACCUGCUACUGGGGCUUACGAGGACAUGGAAAAGGAGAUGGGCUCUGGCACUGAUGAUAAAAGUGGGGCCUACGAGGACACUGAAAAGGAGAUGGGCUCUGGCACUAAUGAUAAAAGUGGGGCUUACGAUGACAUGGAAAAGGAGAUGGGCUCUGGCACUGCUGAUAAAAGUGGGGCUUACAAGGACAUGGAAAAGGAUAUGGGAUCUGGUACUGUUGAUAAAAGUGGGGCUUACGAGGAUAUUGAAAAGGAGAUGGGAUCUGGUAGUUAUGUGAAAACUAGGGCAUAA